CGGGCACACUGGCCGCACGGGCACCGAUAGUUUUAACUAUAAAUUUCGGGUUGCGUUCUUUUUUUUCGUUCGUCACAUCUAGCACGCUACCAAACAAAUACCCAAAAGCUAGAGCCCCCGAUCCAUAAACCAAAAUGCUAUCGCUGCAGAACCAACGGCAACCGAAGACCAGUCCCCUGGUGGACGACUACGAGAUCUCGGACACAGUGCUCGGCCUUGGAAUCAACGGCAAGGUCGUCCAGUGCACCGAUCGUCGCACCAAACAGAACUAUGCCCUCAAGGUAUUGCUGGACAACGAGAAGGCGCGCCGCGAAGUGGAUCUCCAUUGGCGGGUGAGCGGAUGUCGGCACAUUGUCAACAUCAUCGAUGUCUACGAGAAUACGUACAGCGGACGGAAGUGCCUGCUGGUGGUGAUGGAGUGCAUGGAGGGCGGUGAACUGUUCCAACGAAUUCAGGACAAAGCCGAUGGAGCGUUCACGGAACGUGAAGCGGCACAGAUCAUGCACGAAAUCUGUGCGGCGGUCGACUAUCUGCACAGUCGGGAUAUCGCGCACCGAGAUCUGAAGCCGGAGAACUUGCUGUACACCACCUCCCAGCCGAAUGCCAUUCUCAAGCUGACGGAUUUCGGUUUCGCCAAGGAGACCUUCUCCAACGACACCUUGCAGACGCCCUGCUAUACGCCCUACUAUGUUGCUCCCGAAGUACUCGGCCCGGAGAAGUACGAUAAGAGCUGUGACAUCUGGUCGCUGGGAGUCGUCAUGUACAUUAUCAUGUGCGGUUUCCCGCCGUUCUACAGCAACCAUGGCCUGGCCAUAUCGCCCGGCAUGAAGAAACGCAUCCGUACCGGCCAAUACGAUUUUCCCGAUCCGGAAUGGACGAACGUUAGCCAGGCGGCCAAGGAUCUGAUCAAGGGCAUGCUGAAUGUUGAUCCCAGCAAGCGAUUGCGCAUCCAGGAUGUUAUCCGUAACAAUUGGAUUGCCCAGUUCAAUGCUGUGCCCCAGACGCCGCUCUGCACCGGCCGGAUGCUGAAGGAGACCGAGGAGGCCUGGCCGGAAGUACAGGAAGAGAUGACACGCUCACUGGCCACCAUGCGUGUGGACUACGAUCAGAUGCAAAUUAAAGCUCUGGACAAGUCAAAUAAUCCUUUGCUAACGAAGCGUAGGAAAAAAAUUGAGGAAAUUGAGAAAUUAUAUGCGGCCAAUGCAACACGAAACUAAAAAACUAAAUCAACAACAAC